UCCCCCUCGCCCUCCCCCUUGGCGGCGGCCGCCUGCCCUCCCCCCGCCUCCCCCGCGGGGCCUAUGGAGGGCUUGCCCGUGGAGGUGCGGGGCUCCAACGGGGCCUUCUACAAGGGUUUUGUUAAAGAUGUUCAUGAAGAUUCGGUCACGAUAUCCUUCGAGAACAACUGGCAGCCCGAAAGGCAGAUCCCCUUUGGCGACGUGCGGCUGCCCCCACCCACAGACUACAGCAAAGAGAUUUCAGAAGGCGAUGAGGUGGAGGUUUAUUCCCGAGCCAACGAGCACGAGCCGUGUGGCUGGUGGCUGGCCAGGGUUCGCAUGAUGAAAGGAGAUUUCUACGUCAUAGAAUACGCCGCUUGCGAUGCGAUCUACAAUGAGAUCGUCACUCUGGAGCGGCUGCGGCCUGUCAACCCCAGCAAAGUGGCCACCAAGUGCAGCUUCUUCAAAUUCACCAUCGCGGUACCAGAGGAUCUCAAGGAGGCCUGCUCAAACGAAAACGUACACAAAGAAUUCAAGAAGGCUGUGGGCGCAAAUUGCAUCUUUCUCAGUCCCACGAGCAGCGAACUCAUCAUCCUCUCCACAAACGAAUCCACCGUCAAGCGGGCGUCUCUGCUGGGCGACAUGCAUUUGCGCAGCAUCCGGACCAAGCUCAUGCUGAUGUCCCGGAAUGAGGAGGCCAACAAGCACUUGGAGACAAGUAAGCAGCUGGCGUCGGCAUUCCAGGAAGAGUUCAUCGUGCGUGAGGACCUGAUGGGUCUGGCCAUCGGCACCCAUGGGGCCAACAUCCAGCAGGCCCGCAAAGUGCUGGGUGUCACUGCCAUUGAGUUGGACGAAGAGACCUGCACCUUCCGCAUCUAUGGGGAGACCCCGGAAGCCUGUAAGCAGGCCAGGAGCUUCUUGGAAUUCUCGGAAGACUCUGUUCAAGUCCCCCGAAACUUGGUUGGAAAGGUGAUAGGCAAGAAUGGCAAAGUCAUCCAGGAGAUCGUGGACAAGUCGGGCGUGGUCCGAGUCCGGGUGGAAGGUGACAAUGACAAGAAGAACCCCAGGGAGGAGGGGAUGGUUCCUUUCAUCUUUGUGGGAACGCGGGAGAAUAUCAGCAAUGCGCAGGCCCUACUGGAGUACCACCUGUCCUACCUUCAGGAGGUGGAGCAAUUGCGCCUGGAAAGGCUACAGAUAGACGAGCAGUUGCGCCAGAUCGGCCUGGGCUUCCGUCCCCUCUCCAACCGAUCCGAUAAGGAGCGGGGCGGCUACACCACCGAUGAGAGCACCUCGUCCUCUCUGCACGGCACGCGGACUUACGGGGGCAGCUAUGGCGGGCGUGGGCGCGGGCGCAGAGGACCCAACUCUGGUUAUGCUACCAACUCAGACAUGUCCAACGCUUCAGAGACGGAGUCUGAAAAGAGAGACGAAUACGAGUGCCCGCAGCCGAGUGACCGGGACCCUCGCCUGGAGGACAGCCGCAGGCGAUCAGGGGUGGGCCGGGGGCGGGGCCCUGCUCCGGUUCCCCGCGGGAGCAGCAGCAGCAGCAAGUACAACAAUUCCUCCAUCAGUUCAGUAUUGAAAGACCCUGACAGCAACCCUUACAGCCUGCUAGACAACGCUGAAACAGACCAGGCAGCGGACACGGACGCCAGCGAGUCACAGCCGGCCAGCACUCGCCGGCGCCGGUCCCGCCGGCGCCGCACUGACGAGGAUGCCACCAUGAUGGACGGGGCCCUUGAGUCGGACAACAUGUCCGUCAGUGAGAAUGGUGUGGAGGAGGAGUCUAAACCUCAAAGGCGCAAUCGAAGCAGGCGCCGGCGUAACCGUGGCAACCGUGUGGAUGGCUCUAUCAGUCGGGACCGUCAACCAGUCACUGUAGCGGAUUACAUUUCCCGGGCAGAGUCUCAGAGCCGCCAGGGCCCCCCACACAAAGAAAGCCGGGAGAAGUCAACUGAAGACAACACACCUAGGCAGAAGGGUGAGGCCAACAGCAAGGUUGUCAACGGCCCUUCAGAGAAUGGAGAACUUGCUGCCGUCGCUGCCGCCGCCGCCGCCGCCGGUGAAGAGGAGGAGGAGGUGGUAGCUGCCAUGGUGAAUGGGGUGUCUUAAGCCCCCCUCCCAGAGUCGCAGCCGGCCAAACAAACCCUCCUCUAAACGAAAUGAAACGAUCCCUACUUUUCACCUGCUUGCAACAUCUUAAGAGAAACGAAAUAAACACCACACCAAUCUCUUGUUUAAGAACAAAACCAUUAUUUUAAAAAAAGCAAAAUCAACCAACCCAAUCCCAAGGUAAUUAUCUAGUGCUCGUUAAAAAGCUUGCCAAAGAUGGGAAACUCUUUUUACCACAGCUCUUAACACAUCCAGGUUAAGCUUCAGCGACGGCAGCCGGACAGGGCAGUUAAAAAUAAAAUAAAAACCUCUUUUUUUCUGCCCUCUUGUUAUGUCAAAGGGGGGGGGGUUCUGAUGCUACCUGAGCUCGUGACCCCCCCCUUUUGAGAGGUGCAAACAGUGUGGCGGGGGGUGGGGGCGACUAUGACUUUCAUGCAUCUGUUUUUGGUGACUUAAACGUUUUUUGUUUUGAAACAAAUGUGAGGAAAAAAAAUAACCGGCUAUUCAAACUGAGGAAAGGAGAGGGAGAGAGAAACCCGUGCCUUCUGAUGACGCAGACACACACACACACACACAGACACACACGUGAUAGUGCAACAGAGUGCUCUUGUUUUUUUCCUUUAUUCUUCGACUAGUUCAGAAUCGAAGGCAAGGAUUCAGUUACGUCCGAGAGAGCGAGGAGAGCCGUCCCGCCCAGUGCGGAGGGCUCUGCGGCCGUUUUGAGCGGUCCCUCCCCCCCCUCCCCAGACAGGUCCAGACCUUGGCGGUGGGAUGCGGUGUGGCAACGGGGCGGGGGCGACAGCGCCGCCACGCUAGAGAAAGGGGAAGGCCUCGGGCGUGUGGCUUCUCGGCCGCCCGAAUGCGUAUCCGUUCCUCCUUCUUUCUUUUCCUUUUAUUAAAACACUGUGGAAGACAAAAAGAGAAGUGACAAGCUUAGGACAAGCUGACGCCGCAGACGAUGCUCCUGGCGUGUCUGCCUCAAGUUUGUGUGUUUGUGCGUGGGGAAAGGGGGGGAUUUGAUCUGUGACGGUUGAGACUAUUUAUUUUUCACUGUACAGUAUUUAAAAAGAGAAUAAAAAAACCCAACUCUUGAAAAAAA